AUGACGUCGUCGCAGAGCACAGCAUCUCACCAGGUGCCAGCCUGGAAACGAUUGGGCCUCAAGCUCAAGCAGCCCAGUGCUGCAACAGAUGCUGCCAAUGGCGGCACCCUGUCGGUUGGGCAUCCAAGCAGCACCAAGCGUGAAGCCCAGUCGAACAAAAGAAAGAGCGAAGCCCCGCCGGCCACGGAGUCAUCGCUCGCCAUUAAAAAGGCUCGAAAGGACAAUCAAUCUCCCCCGAGUGUCGACAACAAGACAAUUCUCAAGAAAGAAACUAAAAAGGUCACAUUUGGACACACUCCGACAAAGAACGGAACCUCUUCCGCAACACCCGACUCGACCAAGACCAAACCAGCCAGCUCCAAAAAGAACAAAGGCCCUCCCAAGAAACAGUCGCCUGCCACCCCCAAGGACAUCAAGCCCGCUCUUGAUUAUCUCAAACAGUGGAAAACAUCUCGUGAGGCUUGGAAGUUCAACAAGAAUUUCCAGUCUCUUCUUAUCGACCGGGUAUUCAACGCCGAUGAUAUCCCUGCAGCAGACAUUGCCAUCUUCUAUGAGUAUAUACGCGACCUGAAAGGAUUUGUGCGGACGAGGCUGCGAGAGACUGCUAUGGAAGUAAAAGCAAAGGAUACUGCGGAUGGCCCCUCAGGGUUCCCGGAGGGCACAAAGGAAGCCGAUGCCAAGCACGAAACAUACAUGAAUCUAUUGUCCGACUUCCUGAGCCGCCAGCAUAUCGGGAAAAAGCGAAAGGGCUAUGAUGAAGUUGAAUUUGUUGCAUCAUCUGGGGCUGAUAAUGUCAUCAUCCGCCGUGUCGUAAAGCGACUGCGAGCGGAAAUCAUCCUCGAUGAGCUAUCAGACGGAGAGCAGACAGACACCAGCCAGACGACACAAUCUUCAGACAACACCUUCACCACCAACGACAAUCACACAAUGAACAGGACGGAUGGCGCAAAGCAAUUGAAGCUGAACGACGGGACAGCCAAGCGCCGGCGAAAAAUACGCAUCAAUGGGGAUGACAGCAGCAGUUCAGAAUCGGAGUCAGACAGCGACUCUGACUCAAGCAGCAGCUCUUCUGAAGAUUCUGAUGACUCGGACUCAGACGAUGAUGAUGAGGUCGUGGCCCUGGAAGACGACGGGUACGAAUCAUCCAGCAGCUCGUCGUCCUCUUCGUCCUCUUCGGCCGACGACAGCGCAGAUGAUGAUGACUAG